CAGUGACGUCAUCGUUAGCGUUGCUAGUAGUCGAGAAGUUGUUGCAUGAAGAUAGCUAGCUAUUAUAAUAAACAGUAACGGCAGAGAGCUGAAACAAAUUAAUUCAUUGCAACGUCUUCUGAUGCAUAAAUAAUGCAUGCAACGAUUUCAUUUCUCUAGUUUAGUAUCAUAACUUCAAGGGACGUGUUUUUAGGCCUUUACUCGUUGCUAACGCGUAGCUAGCUAGCUCCCACUGUUUCCACAGAAUGAAUUUCAACGCAACGGCCAGCUAAUAAGCUGGCUAGCUAAUUGAAAAAGAUUUAGCUGGCACUAUCCGACGAUACAGCAUCAAGAGUCCAGCUAUCAAUACAUGCAGUUUCUUCGUUGGUGAAUUUUACAGCACAGUGAAUGUAUUAGCUUGCUAACUAGCUAACGCUAGCCAAAUUGGUCACAACAAUGUCACAGGCGCACUGGACCAAAUUCGAAAAGGAGACCGAGGAAGAGGUGAAGAACCUGGUCAAACACAUCAGUGGGAUUCAAGAUGAAGAAGAGCAGAACUUUCAACUGGCACUGAAAUUUACCUGGUCCAAUUUCAGGUUUCACCGUUUCCUAGAUGCCAAUAGUCAUAAAGUUCAACGCAGUGUGAAUGGGAUCUAUGAGAAACUGAUGGUGCAUUCAGACCUGAGUAAAGCAGAGAGCUGGGUCAGACUGACAGAAGAGUUCCUCAACUCACCUCUACCCAACACAGAUGGAACUAAGACUGAUGUUCAUCACAGUCUCCUGGACCUUCUCCUACACCUCUCCGACUCUCCCCUUAACUCCAACUACAGCGAGACACCCAGACUGAAGGAGACUGAGAAAGAAGACGACUUUGACUGGUGUGGAUAUUUACAGGAAGGAGAGCUAGACACAGAUCCAUAUCCUGACACCCCAGAGUGGUCUGAGGAGGAGAGCGAGGACGAGGACAGUCAGCAGCCGCUCAGCAGAGAGGAUUCUGGGAUACAGGUGGACCGUACCCCCCAGGAGGACCAGGAGAAGACGGUCCCUGUUACCUGGACAGUGGGUGAGCCUGAUGCCAGGUCCUGGUUAGAGCAACAUGUGGUUACUCCGUACUGGCAGGGCCACACUCCCCGCUUCCCUCACAGUCUCCAUCUACACUCCAACCUGCUCAACGUCUGGGACCAACACGUGUACAACACUGACCCAUUGUAUCUGCCUGAAGAGAAAGCCUUUGUCACCGAGACGCAAGUGAUCCGGGAGACACUGUGGCUGCUCUCUGGGGUGAAGAAACACUUUAUAUUCCAGCAUCAGGAUGGAAAAGUGGUGGUCAGGAAUGAUGUGGUGGUCACUCACCUGACUAACAACUGCCUACGGUCCGUGUUGGAGCACAUAGCAGUCUAUGGACAGGCAGUGUUCCGGCUGCAGAGGUUUAUAGACGAGGUAACGGGGUACGACACUGAGCCCUGCCCUCCAGGCUCCUACUCCUCUAAGCAGGGCACCGAGCCUCCCUUCAGGACUUACCAGGCUUUUGUCUGGGCUCUCUACAAAUACUUCACCUCCUUCAAACAGGAGCUCACCACCAUAGAAAGAGACCUCAUAGGAAAAGAUGAGACGGUGACCCUGGCGGGGGUGCUGGACAGACUGACCCCUCACCUGGCCCAGAUCAAGGUGCUCCACAAGGUGUUCUGUACGGGUGUGGCAGAGGUCCCCCCUGAGACCCCUAACGUGGUGCGGGCCUCACACCUGCUCAACACACUGUACAAGGCUAUCAUAGAGUACGACAGCGUGGGAGAGGCAUCCCAACAGGCCGUGGCUCUGUUAUUCUCUCUGUGGACAGAGACAGUCAGACCAUACCUAGAGAUCGUGGAUGAAUGGAUCGUUCAUGGUCACCUGUUUGACCCCGCUAAAGAGUUCAUCAUUCAGAGGAACAAAGACGUACCAGUGAAUCACAGAGACUUUUGGUAUGCCACCUACACCUUGUACAGUAUCUCCGAGACGGUGGAGAGCGAGGACAAGCUGAGUGACGCAGCCAGCGGGAGCAGCGCAGGGGAGCAGGGAUCGAAGUCUCAGCUCACCAUGGUGUCCUUCCUCAAGCCGGUCCUCAAACAGAUCAUCAUGGCUGGGAAGAGCAUGCAGCUCCUCAAGAACCUGGACUGUAAAGAGGCUGAGCAGACCGAUGGCUCCACUAGAGAUGCAGAAAGGAAGAGCUUGUACACUCUUUUUCUGGAGUCUGUUCAGUCCCGCCUCCGUUGCCGGGUCGACUCCCCCGUGGAUACGGUCACCGAGCAACAGGCCACUAAGCAGAGCCUGAUCAAGAUGCAGUCGAUUGUAGCUCAGCAUCUACAGAUGGAUGACAUACAUGACCCUCUACUGGCCAUCAACUUCGCCAGGCUGUACCUGGAGCAGAGUGACUUCCACGAGAGGUUCUCAGGCGGUGACGUGAUCGUGGACCGUUCGUCUGAGUCGGUGACGUGUCAGACAUUUGAGCUGACGCUGCGUUCCUGCCUCUACCCACACAUCCAGAAGAGAUACAUUGAGUGCUGUGGCAACCUCAUGACCACCCUGAAGAAGGACUACAGACUGCUGGAGUACCUUCAGGCCAUGAGGAACUACUUCCUGUUGGAGGCAGGAGACACCAUGUAUGACUUCUAUACAGCCAUCUUUGAUAAGGUCCUGGAGAAGGAGAGCUGGCAGCAGCUGGCGUUCCUCAACGUUCAACUGCAGGAAGCUGUGGGACAGCGGUGUCCAGAGGACAGCAGCAGGUUGUCCAUCUUCCUGGAGACGAUAGACCCAGUCAGAAAGAAACAGCCGAUUAAUAAUCUGGAUGGUUUGACCCUCAGUUACAAG